AUGAGACGCUGGUCUACUCCACCUAGAGGCGGCUAUUUCGCAGCAGUCAUGGCCUUCAGCUUUGCCAAUACGUCCAGCGCCCUGACGGGCGCAUCCAAAGGAGCCGGAUCGGGAACGGGGGCGGGAGCUGCAGGCUCGACUACACAAGGGCCCGAUCUCGAGCUCAUUCAAACAGAGAACCUGGGCUUUCUCUCGCUUGCGGGCGAUGCCAGAGUCCAGCUGACAGCCAAAUGGGCCGAUCAGCCCGCGCCGACCGCGUCGCUGAUAAGCAUCGCCUCGAGGAAGGGCCUCGUGGCUGCUGCCGGCCCAGAUGCUGUUCACAUAGCGACGACUGAAUCCGUACGGAAGGCGUUUGAAACGGCCAAGGUUGGCGACAGCGAGGUGCGGCCGUUCGAGCCGCAAGCAAAACUCCCGCUGCCCAUGAGGAUAUCACAACUCGCAUUCACAUGCGAUGAGCAAUACCUUAUCAUAUCUGCCGAGUCGGGUGGCGGGCUAGCGGUCUACGAUGUUCAGUCUGUAUCACAGGGAUCGACCCAGCCGGCGAUGGAGAUCUCAACUAGCGGCGAGUCUCUGCGCACCCUUCUUCCGAACCCAAAUCCAGACAUGGCCGAGCUUGUACUGGCUGUCACAAAUAACGGCAACUUACUCGUGGCCAAUCUGAAGCAACGAGGCUUGGUCUCGGGCCCUAGCGGUCCCGUGAUGAAGACGGGCGUAUCAAGUGCAGCUUGGAGUACCAAAGGCAAACAGCUUGUGGCAGGUCUUGCCGAUGGAACGCUCGAACAGUUGACUCCAGACGGAACUAGCAAGGCAAACAUACCAAAACCCACUGGCCUUGAUAAUCACCAUGUUGCUUCCGUUGCAUGGUUGGAGAAUAAUGUGUUUCUAGUUGUCCACAACGUGACAAACGGGGAUGGGCCGUCGACUUUCAAUAUUAUCACAAGGCACCAGGAGAAAGGAAGCCCGGCGAGUUACGUUUUUCAAAAACUGACGGACCCGGUUGAACCUUUCGGGUCUGAGAAGAAGCCUCACCACACAUUAUUGAGACUCAAGGACUUUCCGCCUGACCUUCAAGAUGCGCUCCUUGUCUCAUCCACCUGUAGAGAGGCUAUCGGACUCUUGACAAGAUCAAAGGCUCCACUCACCAGCACCGUUCCUGCUGACAAGAUCACCAACGUCUUCACUACCACAGAGUUUGCCGAUGACACAAAACGGGCAGAAUUGCCUAUGGGUGAAGACUACAUGGACACUUUCCCCAUUGGUACGGCACUUGAUCUGUCCAGCAAGGACAAGGUAUACAAGCCGAUCCCAACAGACGAGAUGGAUGAGUCUCCUGGACCCCUCCCUGGUCUGUGGGCUUUGAACAACGAGGGUGUCCUGUCAGUUUGGUGGAUUGUCUAUAAUGACUCUAUCCGACAGGGCACUACAUAUCCGGGUAUGGCAGCGGCUCAGAGUACGAAUGGUGCUACUGCUGCCCCCGCUGCCACUCCCGUCACCACGACCACAUCCGCCUUUGGGGCAUCAUCAACACCCGGCCCUAGCUUCGGAGGUUCCUCUGCGCUCGGCGCAAAGCCAUCUCCUUGGGGUUCGUCUGCAGCUGCCACCCCUUCUGCCGCCCCAGCAUUUGGUAAGACCGCAUUUGGAAGUGCUGGGGGAGACAGUGGGAAAUCUACAUUUGGAACACCGGCGUUUGGGUCUACAUCAGCCCUUGGCAGCGCCUCGGCAACUCCUGCAUUUGGUUCUACUUCAGCCCUUGGUAACUCCUCUUCCACUCCUGCAUUUGGCUCUACGUCAACUCUUGGAGGUGCACCCGCCACGCCUGCGUUCGGGCAGUCCUCGGCGCUCGGUGGUGGCUUGGGGGCUAAGUCAUCCCCAUGGGCUACCGGAGGCACUUCAGCGGCAACACCCGCUUUUGGGCAGUCGGGGCUCGGCUCCACUCCGUCUGGUGGAACUGGUAAGAUCUUUGGAGGCGGAACUUCUUCUACUCCAGCCAGUGGCGGUGGAUUCUCGGCCUUUGCCAAUAAGGGUGGCUUUGGCUCACUUGCCAGUGGCGGUGGUGAUAACAACAGUGGUAGCAUCUUUGGAGCUGGAAAACCAUCAGGUUCUUUCGCCUCUGCUUCACAAGACACGAGCAUGAACCAGGCUACUUCCUUCCCGCCUUCAACCUCCAAGACAAGCUCAACGCCAUUUGGAUCAUCGCCUUUUGUGCUGGGCACAACCUUCAAGGCAGACCCCAAGACGGCCAAUGAUAACGAAAAGCCGGUUACGUCUGGUGGUGGCUCUUUGUUUGGCUCAGGAUUUGGCCUCUCGCUUGGAGACACAGCCAAGACACCAGCUGCAGAGGAGAGUAAAGAUGCCGACAUGGAGGCCGAAACCCCAGCGGCAGCUACCCCAGCAGCCGUGGAGAAGCCUACUAGCAUAUUUUCGUCUACCGCCGGUUCAUCAGUAUUUGGUGCCCCGACCAUAUCCGGAGCCCAGGGCGACAAGCCCAACCCAUUUGGGGCGCCGUCCGAGCAAGCAAAGCCCUCCCCCCCUGCAGCCGCUGACAAGCCAAACCCGUUUGGGACGCCGUCUGCCGCAAAAUCCCCUACUCCUGCGGCAGCCGACAAACCCAACCCGUUCGCUUCCUCCGGCAACAAACCUGGCUUGUUUGGUUCUGGAACAACAUCGUCGAUCUUUGGCGCUAAAAAGCCCGAGGAGCCGCCAAAAUCGAUAUUCGCCAAGCCCGAUGCCACCCCAGCUUCAGAGAAGAAGAAUCCGUUUGGAACCUUUGGGCAAUCUACAACCCCAAGCUCUUCGCCGGCGCCUAGCAAGAUAUUCGGUAACACAACAUCCACGGGAAGCAUUUUUGGCAACAAGCCAGCUCCAGGAGGCUCUAGCAGUAUCUUUGGUGCCCCAACGCAAACCUCGUCAAUAUUUUCCUCAGUCAAGAAACCUGAUGCGGCACCGUCAACACCAGAUAAGAAAGCUGCCGAGUCCAGCUUGCCAUUACCACCGGAAUCAACCAGUAAGACGACCUUCACGCUCUCCGAAUCCUCUGGGUCGUCCGCCGCUUCGCCUCGGAUACCCGAACACAUAGAAUCAUCAAAUUCACAGCGAGAGGUUACUGACUUUACCUCUUUGCCUGCAGAAUCCUCAAACAGCGAACGAUCAGCGACACCUGAUGAUGCACCGCUACCGCCAGACCCGGUCAAGGAGAAAUCCAAGUACAAUAUGGCAGAUCUCAAAUUACCCCCAGGCGUGGUGUCUACGGACGACAAGCCGAAGGCAUCAACAUCGGGAGGCUCGUUGCCCAAGUUCUCUUUCAAGGAGGAGGGAGCAACAGAGCAGCCUGUGCCAAGCAGUGACGAAGAAGACGAGCUCUCAGAAGAAGAGCAGGAAGGUGAUGAAGACGAUCAAGGAUCUGCUCCCGAUAGCGAAGGCAGUGGCGUCGAUGUGACCAAGGACCUCAGCCCACCGGGCUACACUCCGCAGAGCUCGUUUGGUGGCGCCGGAGGUGGGAUUUUCUCGCACACACCGGCCGACGAACCACGGCCCGGAUCGCGUCUAUUGUUUGGUGAGAUGAGCCGCCCCCUCUUUCCCCAACCCGUAGCCACGAGCCCCAGGUCACCUAGUCCCGUUCGCGGUGCUGUACCACCCAGAGUCAUGAGAUCCGACUCUGUUCGGUCGGUGAGUGCCCCUGGCGGUGGCAUGGCAUCAUCCAUGGCAUCAUCAAUCUUGGGCAGGAGCAAGGGCAAUUUCGGGAUUAGCGGCACGUUACGCCAACAGCCUGGUCGUCACACGCCAGACCCGAACGUGGAGGAGCAGAGGAGGUCACAGGCGAGGAGAGAGGCGGAUGAAGCACAAGUCCUGCACGACCAGGAAGACGAUUGGAAGCAAGAUCUGUUGAAUGCUCCACCACAGCCGACGCUCGAGCUGGCCGAGUUCACGCCAAACACUGGCAGUGCUCCGGAGGCUGGGAGGACCGUUCCCGCCCAAGCAGAAGCCAUGUACCGUGAUAUCAACCGGAUGGUGGAUACCCUUGGUUUGAAUGCUCGCCACCUCAAGGAGUACAUCCUUGGUCACAUGGGCAAGCUUCGGGCUCCGGGAACGCCGCACAAGACAGCAGAAGAUUUGGAGAUUCCGGACGACUGGAUUCUUUGCGAUGCCGAAGACGUUGGGACUGUGUUAGACCAGGAGCUGCGUGUGGAGCUCGAGGAUGGCCGCGUUAAGAAUGCGGACGAGGUCCUCGAGGCCUGCCAAGAGCUGAGCAGGGGACUGGCCCGGUUGCGGAUCAAGGAGAUGGAUAUUAAGAAGACCAUCAUGUCUCGCAUAGACCCAAGCCAGGCCGAUGCUUUGCGAUCUCUUCCGUUGAGUGCAGAACAGGCGGCACAGCAAGCCGACCUGAGGAAGCAAUUUACAAGCUUCUCCAAGCUUCUAGCCGAGGCCGAAGAAUCACUGACUAUGCUGCGCGCCAAGAUGGCAACGGCUGGUGGGCUCGACGGUCGGAGGAACGGAUCGGUCGGUGGAGCUGGCUCGGGCGCCAAUGCAGUACCAACGGUCGAUGCUGUCCUGCGUACAAUCCUGAAGAUGACCAGCAUGGCUGAGAAGCGCAGCGGUGAUGUGGACGUACUGGAGAAUCAGCUGCGUAAGCUGCGCCUGCAGCAAGGGCUCGGGACCGCCAACGGCAGCCGGGAGAACUCCCCUUUCUCGACGCCGCAGAAACACCAGCAUCGUCUUUCUCGGUCCGUCUUCAGCCCGGGUGCGUCAUCACUCAUGGGUGCCUCUAUGGCACUGACAUCGUCGGUCGCCUCGUACAACGGUAGCCCCGCCCGGUCGAUGACCAACUCUCCCCGCAAGAAGCUAAGCGGCUAUAGCGACGACGACAAGAAGCACAUCCGCGCUCGUCUGGAAAAGCGCUCGGCGGCGAUCACCAAGCUGCGGGAAAGUGUGGAGAAAGCCGGGCCGAAUGUCUGGCGCAUGACGGACGAAGAUUAG